AUGUCCGCCAUUGUGCCAAACGAUGGUCAAUUCUUGAUAAAAGACAUAAAGUCGGGGUUGAAAAAUGUAAAUGUAAUCUUUAUCGUGUUGGAAAUGGGUGAGUGGUGAAUGACAGUUCCAUUUUUCUGUGUUUCAUGUGGUGAUUAAUGAAUUGAUUAAAUCACUCUCUCCUUCCCUCUACCUGAAGGAAGGGUGACUAAAACAAAGGAUGGGCAUGAGGUUCGCUCCUGCAAGGUGGGGUUAAUGUCCUCAUGAUUUUCUCCCGAUUCUCCAUCUUUCUUCAGUCUCAUCCUCCCCCUUUCCACUCUCUCCUUCAUGCAGACCUUCUCUACCUCUCUCCUGUAAAGUGGGAUAAUUGCUCUCUUCCACCCUCCCUUUCUAUUCUACUCCCUCCCCCCUCUCUCCUGUCAGGUGGCUGAUAAGAGUGGGUGCAUCACCCUGUCUGUAUGGGAUGAGGUGGGUGGACUCAUCCAGCCAGGAGACAUCCUCCGCCUCACACGAGGGUAUGGUUAUCUAUCCAUCUAUCCAUCUAUCCAUCUAUCCAUCUAUCCAUCUAUCCAUCCAUCCAUCCAUCCAUCCAUCCAUCCACACAGUCAUUUAUUUUGUUCUCUCUCUCGUCAGCUAUGCAUCCCUGUGGAAGGGCUGUCUGACUCUCUACACAGGCAGAGGAGGAGACCUGCAGAAGAUAGGAGAGUAAGACACAAACGGUUGGCUUGUAUGUUAAUGUGUUAUAGAUUUAGGUAAGGUAUUGAUCUGUGUUGUACUGUAGGUUUUGCAUGGUCUUCUCUGAGGUCCCAAACUUUAGUGAACCAAACCCAGAGGUACUGGCCCAGACCAACAGGCCGGUGAGUACACACACACCGGAAUGAUCUAUCAAUUUUGUUAUUAUACAUGUUAUUUUCUAAAUCUCCUCUCCUCCUUUUUUCUCUAUUCAUCUCAUCCCCCUCUCCUCUCCUCUCCUCUCCUUUCCUCUCCUCUCCUCUCCUCUCCUUCCCUCUCUCCAGUCUAAAGUUGAGUCCCAGAACAGUUCUUCUGUCAGUCAAAGCUCCACCCCCUCAGUCCCCACCCUCACAUACUCUUCCUAUGGAUGCUCUCCGCUCUCCCGGAAUCCAACCUAUGGGAGCGCAGGACGGCAGACUGGGCGUGGCACCGGAGGUCCUGGCACCGCCCCCAAGCCCACAGUAUCUAUGGGCAACGGCAGGGACCCACGGCGAGGGCUAAAGAGGAAAUGACACUUGUCGGAUUCCAAACCAACCCCUAUUUUACGUCUGACUUGGGCCUUGUUGUAUUGUUUUUAUUUUGCAAAUUAAAUCAUUUUUGUUAACAUGGCCUAGGUCAUAAUUUUCAAAGGAAGAUAACAUGUUACAUAUUUGGUUCAAAUAAAUAAAUAAAUCAGAACUAAAUGAUUUUGGGGGUUUGAAGUAAUGUUCAAAAACUACCCUGGCUAAUCAACUCUCUCCAACUAUUUCAACACGGUCCAUACCGGCUCCCCUUUCAUUUGGAGUAGGUAGAAGUUGUUUCUUGGAAAGAGGCAAAAAAGAGUGACACCAGGUUAGAGGACUUUCUCUUUCCUUUUUCUGGAACACCGCAGAUGCUAGAGGAUGCAUGUGACCAAGUGUCCUUUCAAAUGAAUUACACACAGAGAAACAACACCCUACCACGUGGAUCUGAGAGAGAUAGAGGGGCGAGUUCUCAGAUGAAUCUACUCCCAAAGCACACUAAGACCCAGUCCUGAUGGGAAAAGGCCAUGCAUCCACCAGACCUUCCUGAAUAAAGUCUACUUAAAGACAGUAAACCAUUAAAAACAGUAUGAAGCACAUCUCCUAUCACAGAACUCAUUGACUAACUGUGACUCCUGUCCUUUUUCCUUCACUUACACUGAGUGUACUAAACAUUAAGAACACCUUCCUAAUAUUGAGUUGCAGCCCCCCUUUUGUCCCCAGAACAGAUUCAAUUCGGCGGGGCAUGGACUCUACAAGGUGUCGAAAGCGUUCCACAGGAAUGCUGGCCCAUGUUGACUCCAAGGCUUCCCACAGUUGUGUCAAGUUUGCUGGAUGUCAUUGGCAUUGGGGUGGUAGACCAAUCUUGAUACACACGGGAAACAGUUGAGCGUGAAAAACCCAGCAGCGUUGCAGUUCUUGACACAAACCGGUGCGCCUGGCACCUACUACUAUACCCCGUUUAAAGGCUCUGAAAUGUUUUGUCUUGCCCAUUCACCCUCUGAAUUGGACACAUACAACUGUAAGUGCUGUUAUUGUGAAUUGUAAACAUCUAGGAGCAACAACGGCUCAGCCGCGAAGUGGUAGACCACACAAGCUCACAAAACGGGACCGGCGAGUGCUGAAGCACGUAACGCGUAAAAAAUGAACGAUAGCCAGUCAGCCUGAGUAUUUGUAGGCCGAGCCUUUCACCAAAUGGUGUUCCUGAUGUAGAGUAACUCUGCCAGAUCAUGGUCGAACCAGGGGCGGAACCUGUUUAUAAUUUUAAGUUUCUUUAUGGGGGCGUGCUUGUUAACAAUAAUACUGAAAAUAUCAAUAAAAUAAGGUCCAAGCAUCUUCGACAGAGCUGAUGCUAUACCAAUAGACAGAGGCCAGGUCAUGAAGGAAGGCUUGCCCAUUAAAGUUUUUCCAUCAACCGUCUGACAAAUCAGGACAGGUCGUUUAACUGAGCAGCCAUUACGAACACAGGCCGUAAAACAGUGAUCACUAAGGUCAUUACAGAAAACAACAGAAUGAUACCUAUCAGGAUUAUUUGAGGAUAACAUCAAGGAGAGUAGCAUUUUCUUGGUGUUUGGGAUCAUACCUUCUGGGAUUGGCAAUGAUCUGAGAGAGAUUUAGGGAGUCCCAUUGUUUUAAGACUUGGUCAGGUGGUUUAAGCAUGUCCCAAUUUUAGGUCACCUAGCAGGACAAAUUCAGACUUAGUGUAAGGGGCCAGGAGAAAACUGAUGGUGGACGAUAACAGUCAACAAAGAGCUAUUUGAAAGCUUGAUGCUGAAAACCAGCAAAUUAAAUCGUUUGGGGACAAACUUGGUGUAGUCAACUGAGAACUGAAGGUGUUCCUUGGUGAAGAUUGCCACUACACCACCUUUGGAGGAUCUGUCUUGCUUAAAAAGGUUAUAACCAGAAAGGUUAACAUCAGUGUUCAGAACACUCAUUCUUAACCAUGUUUCAGUAAUGACUAACACAUCUGGAUUGGAGCUGUGAACCCACACAUUUUAGGCAAUAAGCUUCUAGUGUUAACAUGCAGAAAACCCAGGCUUUCACGAGAGCAGAAAUCAUUGAAGCAGAAAUCAGAGCAUUAGUCAGAAUUGGUGCUAGCAACAGUAGACAGGCCAGGGUGUACAAUAACAUUUCCAGAUAUUAUCAGCAGCAAUACAAUCAGGGCACAGCAGAGGACAGGGAGGACUUUGCACUGUUGAAUUUCUUAUGAUAUUUUCAUGUGCAUCAGAUGGCAACAAGAUCAUAUUGUACAGGAAUUUCAUCAGAUAACAUGAAUACAAGGCCGGCAAGAGAGGAUUAGAAUAGGAUGGGAGGCCAGGAGUCCGUGUAACCAAUAGAGAGUCAGAGUUGCGAGCGUGGGAACAAACAUUGUCUGGCCCAGGUCGGGUAAACAAGCAAGUUCAUAGUCAACAAAGCGCACAGGAGUCAUGGAAAGAAAAGCACAAGAAACAAGCCAAACGGGUUAGGGCUGGCCAGCGGAUGUUCAAAGAGUCACUCCUCCCAACAUAAUAAAGUGAGAGAGUAGCUCUCUAUGAGACCAGUAGGCUAUAAAAGUCAGAGAUAAAAUAAAUAAAUAGUAGACCUAUGCUAGUUCAUUAAAAGUGUUUGAGUUAAAGCUCACAUAAUAAGAUUCACAAGUUAACUAGCCUUCAUAUAAAUUCAGAUCAGUUCAAAGUCUGCGGUGUGUGUGUGCUGGAGGUAAGCGAAAGCUCAGGGGAGAGAGGGGGGAGUGAGGUAACACAAGCAAUGAAGGCCUGACGAAGGCUACUGCUGUCAAACAAUUUAAUUGUGGCACAGGAAUAAAGCACUUAGGAGCAGCAUUUACAGUGUGCAGGAUUUCCUUUCUUUGUAUUCAGAGUACUGAUACGUCCCAGCUAGUCUGCUAUUAACUUCAUGUUUAUAAGACUGGUCCCCUGCCCAAGACCAAAUGGUAUGUCCCUCCCAAUUCUGCCAAGACUAAAAAUGAAACUGAAAGUAUGUCAAUGAUUUUGUUGGUGGAGGCAGUACCUGUGAAAAAUAGCCAGAAGGCUUUUCAUUUGGUUAGUUUGCAGAGACUGGAUACAAACGGAGCGCCUGAGAGAAGUUUGAGGUGUUAGCUGCUAACGACUGCUUUCCAAUCAGCUACAAACAAAUAUCCUUACUGGUUUGAGAGGCUUUCACGGUUAACAACUGUUCUCAGACCAUCCAUGCUUGACGAGGGUGUACGCUAUGAGGCCCUAUCAGUGGCCAUGGGAGCCACGGUGAGGCCCUUGUCCGACUUCCAGAGGAACAACCCUGGCAAGACGCCUGAUAACCUUUUGACUGUGGAGGGCUUUCUCAUCGGUUCUGUCCUGGGUGUCACCUCUCUCCUGCAGUGGCUCAACCCUGUGUCAUGGUUGGCAUGGGGGGUGUCAAAGCUUUUCUUCAGUGAGGACAAAAGCAAGGCAACCGACACUGAACUCUACGUGGACGAGGCAGAAUUCUUUGAUAGGGAGUUUGAUUAUGACUUCACCAAUGUUUCCGACUCUGAGUGUUUUGAGAGAGGCGGUGAGGGCUACAAGCGACCGUGUGGAUGGAAACGCAUCGCGUUGAAGGUUCUGGACAAAUACGGAGAUAACACGUGGCUCGGUCCAAACGGGUUUCGGACACACUCGGUUACCGGGGAGUGGCCAGUGUCGUAUCACGGUACCAGCGAGGACGGGGCUAAAGGCAUCAUCCAGUCCCACUAUAAAGCAGGAGCUAGGCAGCUCUACGGCAGAGGGAUCUACUCCACUCCUGACCUCAGCCAAGCCAGCGGCUACGCUAGAGACUUUCUGUCGAAGACAAACGGGAAAACCUACAGGAUGGUCCUUCAGAACCGCAUCAACCCAGCCCAACGGAAGAUCUGUAAGAGAGUUGACUACUGGCUUGUUCCAGUUAAUGACGGCACAUCUGAGGAAGAAGAGAGGAGGAUUGUGGAGCGCUCCAUCCGCCCCUAUGGGAUUCUGCUGAGGGAGAUCUGAAGGGAGGUGUGAUAAGAGAAGGUACACCAAAGUCAUAGGGAAGGUGUCAAAUGCAUACUCCUCGCGUCCUCUCUCUUCGUCUCUUUCUCAAAACCCAUUGGAUGAGAAAGCCAGAGUUCCUUCCCCUCUGACCUUCUCCUCCAAUGGGUUUUGAGGAGAUGAGAGGAUGUGAGGAGUAUGCAAUUGAGAUCUUCCCAUAUAGAGACUUUAAAGCAGGAAGCCAUGUUGCUUCUUUUUCAGAAAUUAUUGCCUCUUGAAGGAGUUCGAUUAUAUUUCAUUAAUUAGAUUUGAACUGCUAGAUAUUCCGUCUUCUUUAUUCAUCUCAUAGUUGUGUGUUAUUGUUUUAAUCGGAGGGUGAUAGUAAACUUAGAGUAGCUUUGUAUUGUCAAAUCCAUGUUUUUUCUGUCUGGCUGUAUCAAUGAAGUGCCUAAUGUGAAAAUGCUUUUUGUGAAUUACAUCAAUCAAUGUUUAUUUAAGGUAUAUGUUUACUAUAUUUUACUACAAUAAAUCUACUUUUCUACUGUUAAUGUUGUGACAUUAAUUGUGCACCUUGUUAGGUGUGAGUUCAAAUGUAUAUUUUGUUCAGUGAUCUGCCAUCAUUUCUGCUUUUUCCUGUUUUUAUUUUAUUAUUUUAAGUCUUAUUUUGUUUUACCUCCAGAAUAAAAUCUGGCCCUGCAAUAUGUUUCACUGCACUUCUGUUUGAACACAGGAGGGCAGGACAGCACAUAGUUUACAUUACAACUCAGUUCUCAGGGUACCUGCUGUAAUAUGACUUUUUCAAGGUGUUGCUAGUGUUAAUGUUUGAAAUAAAGAUUCCUCAAACUGAUGAUCUGAGUUCAAUAAACAUGUAUGUAUUUGCCCCUGCAUGUAGUAUAUUUGCAUGUACACUGCUAAAAAAAAUAAAGGGAACACUUAAACAACACAAUGUAACUCCAAGUCAAUCACACUUCUGUGAAAUCAAACUGUCCACUUAGGAAGCAACACUGAUUGACAAUACAUUUCACAUGCUGUUGUGCAAAUGGAAUAGACAACAGGUGGAAAUUAUAGGCAAUUAGCAAGACACCCCCAAUAAAGGUCUGGUUUUGCAGGUGGUGACCACAGACCACUUCUCAGUUCCUAUGCUUCCUGGCUGAUGUUUUGGUCACUUUUGAAUGCUGGCGGUGCAUUCACUCUAGUGGUAGCAUGAGACGGAGUCACAACCCACACAAGUGGCUCAGGUAGAGCAGCUCAUCCAGGAUGGCACAUCAAUGCGAGCUGUGGCAAGAAGGUUUGCUGUGUCUGUCAGCGUAGUGUCCAGAGCAUGGAGGCGCUACCAGGAGACAGGCCAGUACAUCAGGAGACGUGGAGGAGGCCGUAGGAGGGCAACAACCCAGCAGCAGGACUGCUACCUCCGCCUUUGUGCAAGGAGGAGCAGGAGGAGCACUGCCAGAGCCCUGCAAAAUGACCUCCAGCAGGCCACAAAUGUGCAUGUGUCUGCUCAAACAGUCAGAAACAGACUCCAUGAGGGUGGUAUGAGGUCCCGACGUCCACAGGUGGGGGUUGUGCUUACAGCCCAACACCGUGCAGGACGUUUGGCAUUUGCCAGAGAACACCAAGAUUGGCAAAUUCGCCACUGGCGCCCUGUGCUCUUCACAGAUGAAAGCAGGUUCACACUGAGCACGUGACAGACGUGACAGAGUCUGGAGACGCCAUGGAGAACGUUCUGCUGCCUGCAACAUCCUCCAGCAUGACCGGUUUGGCGGUGGGUCAGUCAUGGUGUGGGGUGGCAUUUCUUUGGGGGGCCGCACAGCCCUCCAUGUGCUCGCCAGAGGUAGCCUGACUGCCAUUAGGUACCGAGAUGAGAUCCUCACACCCCUUGUGAGACCAUAUGCUGGUGCGGUUGGCCCUGGGUUCCUCCUAAUGCAAGACAAUGCUAGACCUCAUGUGGCUGGAGUGUGUCAGCAGUUCCUGCAAGAGGAAGGCAUUGAAGCUAUGGACCGCCCGUUCCCCAGACCUGAAUCCAAUUGAGCACAUCUGGGACAUCAUGUCUCGCUCCAUCCACCAACGCCACGUUGCACCACAGACUAUCCAGGAGUUGGCGGAUGCUUUAGUCCAGGUCUGGGAGGAGAUCCCUCAGGAGACCAUCCGCCACCUCAUCAGGAGCAUGCCCAGACGUUGUAGGGAGGUCAUACAGGCACGUGAGGCCACACACACUACUGAGCCUCAUUUUGACUUGUUUUAAGGACAUUACAAUCAAAGUUGGAUCAGCUGUAGUGUGGUUUUCCACUUUAAUUUUGAGGGUGACUCCAAAUCCAGACCUCCAUGGGUUUGAUAAAUUUGAUUUCCAUUGAUAAUUUUUGUGUGAUUUUGUUGUCAGCACAUUCAACUAUGUAAAGAAAAAAGUAUUUAAAAAGAUUAUUUCAUUCACUCAGAUCUAGGAUGUGUAAUUGUAGUGUUCCCUUUGUUUUUUUGAGCAGUGUAGAAUAGAAUAUAAAUUAUAUUGUCCAUCCGAGGAUGGAACUUUUCCUUUAGAAAAAUGAAAAAAAUAGACAUCAUCCUCUGUUUUUUUGUUAAUUCUUUCCGAUGUGUCAAGUAAUUAUAUUUUUGUUUUCUCAUGAUUUGGUUGCUGCCCUGUGGCUCUGUGGGGUCUGUUUGUGUAUGUGAACAGAGCCCCAGGACCAGCUUGCUAAGGGGGCUCUUCUCAAGGUUAAUUUCUCUGUAGGUGAUGGCUUUGUUAUGGAAGGUUUGUGAAUAUAUUAUAUUGUCCAUCCGAGGAUGGAACUUUUCCUUUGGCAUCACUUUAGAAGAAUGAAAAAACCUCCCAUUGUAUACAUCAUACACAUUAACAACACAGUAAACCUGACACCCUGUGCUGUACAUAGACAUAGAGAACAUGGAAACUCAUUCAUAUGACCUAGUGCACGUGUCAAACUAAUUCAUAUGAUCUAGUGCACGUGUCAAGCUCAUUCAUAUGACCUAGUGCACGUGUCAAACUCAUUCAUAUGACCUAGUGCACGUGUCAAACUCAUUCAUAUGAUCUAGUGCACGUGUCAAACUCAAUCCACAGAGGGCUGAGUGUCUAUGGGUUUUCGCUCCUCCCUUGUACUUAAUGAAAUAAGGUCACUAAUUAUUAAGGAACGCCCCUCACCUGGUUGUCUAGGUCUUAAUUGAAAGGAGAAACCAAAAACCAGCAGACACUAGGCCCUCCAUGGAAUGAGUUUGACACCCCUGGUGUAGUGUAUCAGAGUACCAUGUUGAUUACACCUAACCAAACCUCUUAGAUCUCCAUAGGUAGUAGGAACUAGCAGCCAUUUGGGAUUCUGUGCAUGUUUAUCAGUCGGUCUCCUUCUCACUCCUUCCCUUGUCAGUCAUCUGUGGUUCUCUGUCUUCAGCAGUUUCUUAUUGAGCCCAAUAACCACAGAGGCAAAGUUGUUGAGACCCACAAAGUCUCCACAGAUGAUGUUGACAGCGGUCAGGUCCGGUCCAGGAGUCUGCUCCUCCACCCAGUCCAGCAGCAGGGAGAAACUCUUCAUCGUUAACUUCCUCAUCGUCAGACAGGGGUUGCAGACCACCACAGCAGUAUCCUCCGUCAGGUUCAGCCCCGAGGUGAAGAAAUGAGCUGUCAAUCAAAGAGCUCAGCUGUCAGAACACACACACACACACUGCUAUGGCUUACUAUACUUGAGGACUUUUUGGAGACCAAUUGAUUCCCAUUCAAAAUAAAAAAUGUCCUAAACCCUAACCCCUUAAUAGCCUUUUUACAAGUGAGGACUGGCAAAAUGUCCUCACUUCUCUGAAUUUAAUUUAAUUUACUAUUUUUGUGAGGACUUUUGGUACUCACAAGUAUAGUAAAACAUGUACACGCACACACAUCUGUGAGGUUAUUCACUUUUCAUGCCAAUAAAGACAGAAAACAAUGGGCACUUCACUUCCUGAAAACGUGAACUCACCCAAACUGACACCACUUCCUGAAAACUGAACUCACCCAAACUGACACCACUUCCUGAAAACUGAACUCACCCCCAACUGACACCACUUCCUGAAAACUGAACUGACCCCAACCCUGACUGAGACAGCCAGUAGUGGGGUCUUGUCUAUCCUGUACCUGUUGGGGGCAGAGUUUGUCUUUAAACAGCUGAGUGAUGUAGGAGACCAGGGCCUGGUGCUCAGAGUAACUCAGCAGGUGGAAGUGGGAACAGGACAGGAUCACUACCUCCUUCUGGUGCUGCUCCAACCACACAGCCAUGGUUCUCUCUCUCUCUCUCUCUCUCUCUGUCUCUCUCUCUCUCUCUCUCUCUCUCUCUCUCUCUCUCUCUCUCUCUCUCUCUCUCUCUCUCUCUCUCUCUCUCUCUCUCUCUCUCUCUCUGUAUCUCCUCUCUCUCUGUAUCUCUCUCUCUCUGUAUCUCUCUCUGUAUCUCUCUCUCUCUCUCUCUCUCUGUAUCUCUCUCUCUCUAUCUCUCUCUCUGUAUCUCUCUCUCUCUCUCUGUAUCUCUCUCUCCCUCCCUCUUUCUCUCAAUUCAAUUUCAAUUCAAUUCAAUUGAAUUUAAGGGCUUUAUUGGCAUGGGAAACAUGUGUUAACAUUGCCAAAGCAAGUGAAGUAGAUAGUAAACAAAAGUGAAAUAAACAAUAAAAAUGAACAGUAAACAUUACACUCAGAAGUUCCGAAAGAAUAAAGACAUUUCAAAUGUCAUAUUAUGUAUAUAUACAGUGUUGUAACAAUGUGCAAAUAGUUAAAGUACAAAUGGGAAAAUAAAUAAACAUAAAUAUAGGUUGUAUUUACAAUGGUGUUUGUUCUUCACUGGUUGCCCUUUUCUUGUGGCAACAGGUCACAAAUAUUGUUGCUGUGAUGGCACACUGUGGUUUUUCACCCAGUAGAUAAGGGUGUUGAUCAAAAUUGGGUUUGUUUUCGAAUUCUUUGUGGAUCUGUGUAAUCUGAGGGAAAUAUGUGUCUCUAAUAUGGUCAUACAUUUGGCAGGAGGCUAGGAAGUGCAGCUCAGUUUCCACCUCAUUUUGUGGGCAGUGUGCACAUAGCCUGUCUUUUCUUGAGAGCCAGGUCUGCCUUCGGCGGCCUUUCUCAAUAGCAAGGCUAUGCUCACUGAGUCUGUACAUAGUCAAAGCUUUCCUUAAGUUUGGGUCAGUCACAGUGGUCAGGUAUUCUGCCACUGUGUACUCUCUGUUUAAGUAAUUCUCUUUUUGUUUUCUCAUGAUUUGGUUGGGUCUAAUUGUGUUGCUGUUCUGGGGCUCUGUGGGGUCUGUUUGUGUUUGUGAACAGAGCCCCAGGACCAGCUUGCUUAGGGGACUCUUCUCCAGGUUCAUCUCUCUGUAGGUGAUGGCUUUGUUAUGGAAGGUUUGGAAAUCGCUUCCUUUUAAGUGGUUGUAGAAUUUAACGGCUCUUUUCUGGAUUUUGAUAAUUAGCGGGUAUCGGCCUAAUUCUGCUCUGCAUGCAUUAGUUUGUGUUUUUCGUUGUACACUGAUGAUAUUUUUGCAGAAUUCUGCAUGCAGUCUCAAUUUGGUGUUUGUCCCAUUUUGUAAAUUCUUGGUUGGUGAGCGGACCACAGACCUCACAACUAUAAAGGGCAAUGGGUUCUAUAACAGAUUCAAGUAUUUUUAGCCAGAUUCUAAUUGGUAUGUCCAAUCUUAUGUUCCUUUUGAUGGCAUAGAAGGCCCUUCUUGCCUUGUCUCUCAGAUCAUUCACAGCUUUGUGGAAGUUACCUGUGGCGCUGAUAUUUAGGCCGAGGUAUGUAUCGUUUUUUGUGUGCUCUAGGGUAACAGUGUCUAGAUGGAAUUUGUAUUCGUGAUCCUGGCAACUGAACCUUUUUUGGAACACCAUUAUUUUUGUCUUACUGAGAUUUACUGUCAGGGCCCAUGUCUGACAGAAUCUGUGCAGAAGAUCUAGGUGCUGCUGUAGGCCCUCCUUGGUUUGUGGCAGAAGCACCAGAUCAUCAGCAAACAGUAGACAUUUGACUUCAGAUUCUAGUAGGGUCAGGCCGGGUGCUGCAGACUGUUCUAGUGCCCUCGCCAAUUCGUUGAUAUAUAUGUUGAAGAGGGUGGGACUUAAGCUGCAUCCCUGUCUCACCCCCCGGCCCUGUGGAAAGAAAUGUGUGUGUCAAUCUUAACUGCACACUUGUUGUUUGUGUACAUGGAUUUUAUAAUGUCGUAUGUUUUUCCCCCAACACCACUUUCCAUCAAUUUGUAUAGCAGACCCUCAUGCCAAAUAGAGUCAAAAAGUUUUUUGAAAUCAACAAAGCAUGAGAAGUCUUUGCUUUUGUUUUGUUUUGUUUGUUUGUCAAAUAUGGUGUGCAGGGUGAAUACAUGGUCUGUUGUACGGUAAUUUGGUAAAAAUACAAUUUGACAUUUGCUCAGUACAUUGUUUUCGCUGUUAAUUUGCAUUUUUGCAUUUGAGUCAUUUAGCAGACGCUCUUAUCCAGAACAACUUACAAUUAGUGAGUCCAUACAUUUUUCAUACUGGCCCCCCGUGUUAAUGAUAAUGCAGAGGAUUUUCCCAAGGUUGCUGUUGACGCAUAUCCCCUGGUAGUUAUUGGGGUCAAAUUUGUCUCCACUUUUGUGAAUUGGGGUGAUCAGUCCUUGGUUCCAAAUAUUGGGGAAGAUGCUGGAGCUGAGGAUGAUGUUAAAGAGUUUAAGUAUAACCAAUUGGAAUUUGUGGUCUGUAUAUUUGAUCAUUUCAUUGAGGAUACCAUCAACACCACAGGCCUUUUUGGUUUGGAGGGUUUGUAUUUUGUCCUAUAGUUCAUUCAAUGUAAUUGGAGAAUUCAGUGGGUUCUGGUAGUCUUUAAUAGUUGAUUCUAAGAUUUGUAUUUGAUCAUGUAUAUGUUUUUACUGUUCUUUGUUAUAGAGCCAAAAAUAUUGGAGAAGUGGUUUAUCCAUACAUCUCCAUUUUGGAUAGAUAACUCUUCGUGUUGUUGAUUGUUUAGAGUUUUCCUAUUUUCCCAGAAGUGGUUAGAUUCUAUGGAUUCUUCAAAUACAUUGAGCUGAUUUCUGACGUGCUGUUCCUUCUUUUUCCGUAGUGUAUUUCUGUAUUGUUUUAGUGAUUCACCAUAGUGAAGGCGUAGCCUCAGGUUUUCUGGGUCUUUUUGUUUUUGGUUGGAUAGGUUUCUCCAUUUCUAUCUUAGGUUUUUGCGUUCUUCAUCAAACCAUUUGUCAUUGUUGUUAAUUUUCUUAGGUUAUCUGCAUGAAAUGUUUAGGUUUGAUCGGGAAGCUGAGAGGUCAAACAUACUGUUUAGGUUUUCUACUGCUAAGUUUACACCUUCACUAUUACAGUGAAACCUUUUGUCCAGGAAAUUGUCUAGAAAGGAUUGAAUUUGUUGUUGUCUAAUUAUUUUUUGGUAGAUUUCCACACUAUUUUCCUUCCAUCUAUAGCAUUUCUUAAUAUUAUUCAGUUCCUUUGGCUUUGAUGCCUCAAAAUUGAGCAUAGCUCUGUUCAAGUAGAGUGUGAUUUUGCUGUGAUCUGAUAGGGGUGUAUGGUAGAAAAUUACAAGAUUACAUUUUAAUACUGUUUAUGCAUCGAAUAAGGUUGCUCAGUACUCUCUCAUCUGUGUCUGUGUGGACUGAGUUGGGCCUCUGGGGCUUGGCGCUGGCAAUUGAUUUAUGAUGGCUUGGUGAUAAAACCUACAGCCUGCAUUCCAUAGAAAGAGUUGGUGUUUGUGUACUAUGAGGUUCCAUGGAGGAGAUGUCUCUGGUGUGGACAGCUGAUAAGAAAAACCUUGUCUUUGGGGCCAAACCCUGGUUUCUAUACAAUUAGAACAGCCAACACAGCAAAUGCUAUCUGGCUGGGGGGUUACUCCUUUCUUACAUACAAAACUUCACCUCUAGACCCAUUCCACACAUCUGUUGUUUGUCAAGAAGACUCAGGAGGACGUACUUUUCUAUAAAGGUUGUAACUGCAGGUGUUGUGACACGUUUUUGUUGGCUAUGUUGUCGUAGUUGUGUCUAGGGGGGCAUAUGGGGAGGGAAUGCUGUCACCUCCAGGUAGGUGUUUGUCCCCCUGUGUGCUGAGGGUUUCAGAUUCUUGUCCAGUUCUGGCAUUUAGGUGGCCACAGACUAGUACAUGUCCCUGAGCCUGGAAAUUGUUGAUCUCCCCCUCUAGGAUGGAGAGGCUGUCAUCGUUAAAGUAUGGGGAUUAUUUUGGGGGGAUAUAGGUAGCACACAGGAGGACAUUUGUCUCUGUUGAGAUCAUUUCCUUAUUAAUUUCUAGCCAGAUGUAAAAUGUUCCUGUUUGGAAUAAUUUCAUAGAGUGAGUUAGGUCUGCUCUAUACCAAAUUAGCAUACCCCCUGAGUCUUCCCUGGUUCACACCUGGUAGUUUGGUGGAUGGAACUACCAGCUCUCUGUAACCUAGAGGGCAACCAGUGGGUCCAUCUCCUUUAUACCAUGUUUCUUGUAGGAUGACAAUGUCUGUGUUUCCAAUUUCUUUGGUGAAGUCCGGGUUCCUGCUCUUUAGGCCAAAGGCAGAUGACCUCAGGCCUUGUAUAUUCCAGGAUGAGAUAGUAAAAGCUUUGUGUUCGAUAGUGUCUAGUUGUUUUUGUGUGGUUUAGGAACCGGACCAUCACAGUAUGUGUGAGCAGAGCAUGUUCAACAUCUGAUACAUACCCCUCUCUCUCUCUCGAUAGAGGAGGAGACCUGCAGAAGAUAGGAGAGUAAGACACACAAACGGUUGGCUUGGAUGUUAAUGUGUUGUAGAUUUAGUUCAGGUAUUGAUCUGUGUUGUGCUGUAGGUUUAGCAUGGUUUUCUCUGAGGUGCCAAACUUUAGUGAACCAAACCCAGAGGUACUGGCCCAGGCCAACAGGCCGGUGAGUACACACACAAACACACACACACACACACACACACACACACACACACACACACACACACACACACACACACACACACACACACCAGAAUUAUCUAUCUCCCCUCCCCUAUUUUGCAAAUUAAAUCCAAAAAGUGAUCUUUAUUCACACAGAGAGAAACAACACUACACCACAUACAAGUGAGAGAGAUAGAGAGGAGUUAUCAGAUGAAACUACCGUGUCUACAGGCCUGGUGAGGUUGUUUUCAUUUGGUUUCUUUGUAUUCAGAGUAAAGUUACGUUCCAGCUACUCUGUUAUUGA